UUUGUGUGACGUAGACAAGAGGUCAGGGGUCAACUCGCUUCUGCGAUUUAUUUAUUUCUUCCCCCUCCAGUUUUUAAGGACAAACAUGACCACGUUACGUGCUUUUAAUUGCGACGACCUUUUCAAAUUUAAUAACAUAAAUUUGGACCCUUUAACCGAGACCUAUGGCAUUCCGUUUUACUUGCAGUAUCUGGCACACUGGCCGGAGUAUUUCAUCGUGGCAGAGGCACCAGGUGGCGAGCUGAUGGGCUACAUCAUGGGGAAGGCCGAGGGCUCUGUGGCGCGGGAGGAGUGGCACGGCCACGUCACGGCUCUGUCGGUGGCUCCUGAGUUCAGACGGCUGGGUUUGGCUGCCAUACUCAUGGACAUGCUGGAGGAGAUCUCCGAAAGGAAAGGAGGUUUUUUUGUUGACCUUUUUGUCCGUGUUUCCAACCAAGUGGCAGUGAACAUGUACAAACAGCUGGGCUACAGCGUCUACAGAACCGUGAUCGAAUAUUACUCAGCCAGCAACGGAGAACCGGACGAAGACGCCUACGAUAUGAGGAAAGCGUUAUCGAGAGACACUGAAAAGAAGUCUAUCGUUCCACUCCCGCAUCCUGUCAGACCAGAAGACAUAGAAUAACACUGAACAGUGGCUCUCUGACUUACCCCAUAUUGGGAAAAUAAUGAUGCAAGACCUGUCAAGUUUAGUUUACUUCUUCUACAGUUGCAAAUUCCUUGUCAGAGGGUCACUGCUUUGUAAAUGUUAUUUAUAAAAAGCUUUACUUGCUCCACUGUUUCUGCACCAUUUUGUCCAAAAAUGAAAUGAAACACAAUUUACCCUUCUUCUGAAUGCCAGUCAGAUCAUUUGGCUGAGCAGAAGUUGACAAAUAAAUUUGUGGGUGGAAUAAUUAGCAUGCGUCAUCUUUUCAGAAUCAGGAACACACAGCUACAUGGAAACACUGACAAAUGAAUUCCAGCAUAUAACGGUAUACAGUGCCCUCCAAUAAUAUUGGCACCUUUUGGUAAAUGAGUAAUGAAGGCUGUGAAAAAUUGUCUUUAUUGUUUAACAUUUUGACAUUUUUGUUAAAAAAAAAUUCACAAAAAUACUCUGCUCACAACACAGGUUUAUCAAAAUAAAAGUAUUUGUUAAAUAUAGGUGUGCCACAAUUAUUGGCACCCUUUGUCAAUAAUUUGAACUACCUCCAUUUGCUAAAAUAACAGCUCUGAGUCUUCUCCUAUAAUGUCUGAUGAGGUUGGAGUUUACACGACAAGGGAUCUGAGUCCAUUCCUCCAUAUAUAAUCUCCAGAUCCUUCAAAUUUUUAGAUUUUUUUUUUAGCAAAAGAUCAAAAAAGGGUGCCAAUAAUAUUGGAGGGCACUGUUAAGCCUGCUUAAUACUUUCAGUCAAUUCACAGUUAAAGAUUAAUAUCUUUGUGAAUCUCAUAGCUGAAGGUGCUGAAGGUGCAAACUCAAUGUUUUACAUCCCAGUGUGUGUGUUUAUAAAAAGAAAUGUCUGUUUUGAAACCCAUGCACUGGUGUUGGCUGAAAAAAUAUUCUACGUAAUGAUUUUGGGUGUUUUGAAUGUGUGUGUGUGUGUGUUAAUUUAGACACUCAGUUUGCAUAAUGCUAAUCUGGCACUUCCUAUACUUCGGAGAUAGGUUAGUCUCGGAGCUCCUGCUCUUGGCUAAUUUAGGCAGUGUAGAUAGUACGUUGGUCCAUCCAACGUAUGUUACGCUCGCGCGUAUCUAUUUAAACAAUGCAGUUUUU